AAUAGCGUCUGAGAAAUGCCUCCUCCCUCCGAGCUGAAUCUGACCCUGUUGGAAGGAUUGCAGUUAAACCCAUCCAUUUUUAAACUUCCUUUCCCUGUUCUGGCAGGCUUCGAUUUUCUGGUUUGCAUUCACUACUCUCCAUCUAGUUUCGCCUGAACCGGCUGUAGCAAGUGAAGCAGAUUUGAGGUACUUCAUUUCUGGUUUGGGCCUAAGCGACUGUAUCAUAACUUUGGAGCUAUCCGUGUGUGGAGGAGUGAAUGCCCCAUGUUGUGUUAGUGCCUGUCUGCCAUGCUGGCCUGUCUACCAGGACCAGGUGACCUCUCCUUUCAGCUUCUUUCUUACCCGCAGAUGAACACUGGACUUCAGAAAUGGGACACUACACAGAAGAUGAGAUCUGCACAGUAUCCUACCCCAGCAGAAUUGGAUGCUUAUGCUAAGAAGGUUGCCAACAAUCCACUGACUAUAAAAAUUUUUCCAAACAGCGUCAAAGUUCCCCAGAGGAAACACAUACGCCGUACUGUGAAUGGACUUGAUACUUCAGGCCAGAGGUAUAGUCCUUACCCGUCUCAGCCCACCACAAAAACAGGCCUGCUCGCGAUAGUCAAAUCUCCAGCUAAAGGAAUUAUCAAAGACUUUGACGGAACACGCGCACGUCUGCUGCCGGAAGCAAUGAUGAAUCCCCCUUCCGCACCAUACAUUGCACCUAGCACUUUAAACCACCCCCAGGCGCUUGCUCGCCAGCAGGCCCUUCAGCAUGCACAGACUCUGCCACACCCCCAGAGUAUACCGCAGCCACAAAGCUUAACACACCCUCAGGGUAUACCGCAACCACAGACUUUGCCGCACCCUCAGAAUAUGCAGCAGCCACAGAGCUUGCAGCAUCCGCAGACCAUGGCACAUCAGACUCUGCAGCACCCUGCAAACACUUUGCUGCAGCCAGGUUUACAUGGAAGCAGAAAGAUGCCAGAUGCAGAUGCACCGCCGAAUGUGACCGUGUCUACCUCAACCAUUCCCCUCUCUAUGGCUGCCACUCUGCAGCAGAACCAACCACCAGACCUGAGCAGCAUUGUGCACCAGAUUAACCAGUUCUGCCAGGCCAGAGCUGGCAUUAGCACUACCUCAGUAUGUGAGGGACAGAUUGCAAACCCGAGCCCCAUAAGUCGCAACCUGCUUAUCAAUGCAAGUACCAGGGUAUCGACUCACAAUGUUCCCACUCCCAUGCCUUCCUGUGUAGUAAACCCUGUAGAUCAUGCUGCUGCUAUUCCUUCUUCUGCCUCUGUUAAUUUACCCAUGAUAAACAUCAACAGGGUGCCAUCUGCAUACCAGAAUGAAAUUAAAUCAGUUGCAUGGAACCAGCAUCAGCUUGCACAUCUCCAGCAAAUGUGUGGCGAUGCUGCUGGACCUACUGGACUUGCGGGGAAGCACCCUCAGAGAGAGAUUGGAGGGCAAGGUUUUCCUGGUAAAUCUUCAAACUAUCCCCAAGAACUGUGCAUGGGCCAGUCUUUCAACUUAAAGCCUCCUAUUGAGAAGCCUACACCUUCCCCACCUGUGAAUGGAUUGCAGGGACCCUUGCCAUAUACUAAUGGGCACUAUUUCCAGCCCAUAUGGAAUAACAUUCUGCCCACACCGAACAGUGACAGCUCUGGGUCACAGGACCUUGCCAUGCCUUUUCAUGCAGGACAGCCAGCAGGGGCACCACUAGAUUGUGCAGCAGGAGCUCAUUAUAGAGCCGGAGCUGGUUCGUCCAGCCAGAAUAGUGUGAUGCAGACCAUGGAUUACCUAAGUGGGGACUUCCAGCAGGCUUGCUUCAGAGAUCAGAGUAUGGCUGUGCUGGGAAAAGUCCAUCGCCCUCCCAUGAACCGAGCACCUGAACCAACUGAUAGUCGAAAUCUUCAUAUUCAGCACCCGGGGUAUAGAUAGGCUGCAGUCACUUUCACAGACAAAAUUAGAGGUUUAGUCUUAAUUUUAAUUAAUAAGUAAAGUAUUUUUAAUUUGCAAACUUGUGUGAUCAUUAUAAUCAUUGAAACAAGACUGUGUAUUUAAAAGCUUUACAUCCACAUUUUCUCCUGUUGGCAUCAAAUAUAUAACAUGUAUUUUUGUUUCAAAUAACUUGAUUACACUACUGCACCCGCCAGCUGUUUCUUCACCACAGAAUCCUCUUUGCUCAGCUUUUGCCUUCUGCUUGGUGACUACUUGCUGGUGUGUUAAGUUGCUGCAGGGUUCUCAGUUGCAUCUGAUAGCCAGCUCUUAAAGAGCUAGGUAGCAUAGAUGCUUACAUUUCCAUUUAAAUUUCCUCUGCAGAUUAAGAGCAACAGAAUUUGUCAGGAAGUAGGGCUUAUUUUCAACUCGAAAGCCUGUUUCAUUAAAUGCAUUAAACAUUGACCAUUUGCACUGUCUGGAGGCUUAUUUAAUUGAAAAGGAAGCCUACCUUUGAAAGGGUUUAGCUAGGGUUAUAUAUUUAGGCAUUAGCAUAGGAAGAAGCUUUUUGCUAGCUCUUGCAGAGUUCUGCGUUUAUCAUUUUGACUUUGGUCUCUCUCCAGAGUGAAAAGUCCCUCACAGAUCUUCUGGACACAUUGCUGAGGACAGGGUAUUGGAGUGGCAGUUUUAGGAUGUAGGAUGCAUAGCUGCAAUAGUAGCUGCCUCCUUCCCUCUUUGCUUCCACUUCACCAUUUUAAAGCUAGCUAUGUCUGAACCCCUUGCUGCUAGGAGUCUAGAUUUCCUGAUACAAAGUGCUGUCCUGAGGUUUUAUUCCAGGAAUCUAGACCCAUUGAUGACCCCACAAAGGGUUCAGUUGCUUCUCCAGUAGGUAGAAUUAAUUUCAGGGUAGAUAAGCGUAGUUAGAAGUCUGUCUCCCCUGUAAAGGAAGGGCACAUAGUCACUGGCAUGGUGUUCUCACAUUCUGACAGCAUCAGUGAAAUGAAAGGUAUUGGCUAUGAAAUGAAGCUCUAACCAUGAGACAUGGUGAGACUUACAACUCUCUAUUCUCGUAUGUUAAAGCACCACCAUAGAUAUGAUAGAACAGUUCUUAUAUCUGGGAUUUACCAUUUAAGCUAUUUUUAAAGUACUCUUUUCCCAGAUUCUCUGUGCCUAACUACUACUUUUUCCUCCCCACGUCACCUAAAACAGCUAAAUGAGUUGGUGACCAAUAGAACACUAACUGUUGGAUAACCUCAGUGUCUCAUUCUCUUCAGCAUAUUGAAAUGUCCCUUCUUUUAAAGCUAAAUUUAUUGUAAGUAGGAAGUUUCUCAUCUCUAAGUGAGACUAAUACUUGAACAUAAUGAUCACAGUCGAGUUUGGAAUUUAAAAAAAAAAAGCAUUGAUUCUUUAGAUGUACACUGGCUACAAAUAUUGCUCUACACUGUAACUUAAGUGUAAUAUUUCUGUAUGAAUGUCGCCUGGUAGUGUGGGUUUGAGUAGCAUUGUGUAUGAGUGAACCCACUGGCCUCUGCCAUUCACUGGCCUCCCUCACAGCCCUUUGAAAAACAAAGCCUUAAGUAUUUAUUUGCUCCUUGAACUUUCCUUAAUGAGCAUGAUUUAAAAUCUUAAGACAUCAUCAUACAAAAUUAAAAAAAAACACACACAACAACUUACAAGUUUUGAAGUGAUGUCAUAGUUGGCUAGAGAUUCUUAAAGAUUUUCGUAAAUGGAAAAAAUUAGAAAACAUUUAUUUGUAUUUUUUAAUUUAGACAUGUAGUUCUGGGCUGUAACAAAUAUUUAGGUUUCAAAGCUUAGCAGAGUACGUUUUCUGAUUCCUUGCGUAAGAUAGUACACUUAUACCAUGUCAUUAUUUAAAUUCUUUUAAGUGUACUAUAAACCGUUCUUUAGCGAUUACUCUUUAGCGAAGUUAAGCAAUCUGCCUAAAGACAGAUUAAAUUAUUUGUUGGCUUGUGUUGCCUUAUAUUUAAAAGGAAAAAUUGCCUGAUUGUGUUAUGCCAAAUGAUAGCAACAUGAAGUCCUAAUUUAUUGUUUAUAAUCGUAUUCCUGCAGUCUUUGUGAAAACUGGUAAAUAUACAUCUAUGAAAGAACUAAAACCUAAGGCUUUUCAUGCAAUAUUUUUCUGAAUACAUUAUCUUGGAAGCUAAGGAUUGAGCCUGAAUCUGCUUCCUUUCCAUUUUCCCUGUCGCCUUUUCCCUUCCUCCAAAUUGAUCUAGGGCUGUGCUAUGACUUCACCAUUUCCCACUAAGUUAGUUAUUGUAAGGGGUUCUGCUACGUGAAAUACCUACUUUUUAUUCAGUCCAUUAGCCUGCUGCGAAUCCAAACCCCUGACUGUGAUUCUUCUGCCCUCCCCCCAAAACAAAGAGCUAGUGAAAUCCCAUGUUUUGGCUCUUGACGAAAAGUGGUUUAAAUGCCUGCAGUUAUGCUAAUGUUACAGUAAACCAUGGAAGAUAGUCUGAGAGUCUUGUCAGGAGUUGUUCUGCACUAUUAACUGCAAAUAGAAUCCUCACCUCUGAGACUUUGGCAUGGUGCAGCAGGACUGUGAAGCAAAAAUAUUCAAGACACAUCCAGGUAGGACAUUCCAUUAGCCUAUUCAAAAAAUAAGAACAAUUUUGCUAUUAAAACCUACUCAGAUAUUUCACCUUGUUCUGAGUCCAAUUUUUAUUGAAAAUAACUACAUUUCUGCAUCAGUGUAUGACUAACAGCUUUUUCUUAUACUUAAAGAUUUUUAUCCUUUUAAUCAAUGUUUUGGUUCACUUACAUGCUUGGUUUAUAGACACAAGCUGUAAAAGAAACCUUUACUCCAACAUGAACCCAGCAAUAAGGGUCCAAGAAAGGGCCCCACUGGACAUGCACUAUUGGUCAAAUGAUGACAAAGGAUAGAGUGGUACUUAGUAUCAUUUGGUAGAAUCUUCUUAUUUUGGGACUCUUUUAUGCAGUGAUGCUCUGAUGUGUUUAGUAGGAGCCAUGCUUUGGCUUCUAGAGACACUUUGCAGUAUUCAUUCAGUUUGAUAUUUUUCCUUCCUCCAGUUCCUGCUAUAAUUUUACUAAUACAAAGAUGAGUAACUGCUUCUAAGGAAAAUAGAGCAUUCUGGUCCUGUUCCAUGCAAUAUUGAAUGCUGUGAAAGUCUCCCUAGUUAGUGGAACACUGUUCUGCAUGUGUUUAAUUUGUACAGCACUUUUGUAAACUCUAGGCUUUCACUUGGGUCUUUGACAUAGAUGGGUGUCUUCCAUUGGAAUUUACACCACUGUUCUGAUUAGAGCACUUCCAGCUUUCCACGUCUUCUCCACUGAAAGGUCAACUACUUAUGACCUCUGAUGCAAAUCUCUUGCUUCCCGAUGGGUGAAAUCAAUCUUGGACAUUUAUGGAAGAAUUCUUUCCUUUAGGGGGAAAAGUAAGGAGCUAAAUAUUUCAUAUGUUUUUCUCAGUGAGCUCUGGACUAUUUUAUGCUGUGCUGUCAGCACCAUAAUCUCUCCCCUCCUAAUGCACUACACUGGUUCAGCAGAAUAUUGCUGUGCGGACACUUCUGCUGGUUUCUAAUGACUGACUUCUGUCCAAUGGAGGUUGUUACAAAACAGAGCAGAGAGGGGAUAAGUGUGAAAGUGGUGUAAAGGCUUCCAGUGGGAAACUUCCAUCUCUGCUGUAUCUUUUCUAUUGAGCAGAGGCUUUGAAGCUGUUAAAUCAUCAGCCCAAUUUGUUACAGCCCAAAGUUAACAUUUUAUAAUGACACUUGUGAAUUUUUUUUCUUAGAGAACCUUUUCUGAAGCUUAGAUGUGAAAGAUGUCUCCACAGAACUCGGCCAUUCCCGUAGAAACCAAACAGAAAUGUUUGCUGGGGUUUGCUGUGGAGAGAAUCGGGAAUUGCGCUGUAUUUCAUUAAAACAUAUACUGAUUAUAUACACUGCUUCUCAUGUGCUACGGGUAUAACGAGAAUCUUUUCUUUUCUAUUUUUUUUCUUUUGGUCUUCAGGAAAAAUAAAAAGUAAAGCCAAAAAGUC